AGGAUGGACGGCUGCAUAAGAAAGCUGCAGGGCAUCUUUAAAUUUGAUUAAAAUUAUCAUUGAAGGUCAAUACCCCUACACUAACUUGAAUGACAAGAGAAAGGAAAAGAAGACGAAGGGGAACUUUUAUUCGGUCAGGGCACCGCCAGAAGAAAAACUUGUCAAAAGAAAGGUCCCAAAGUCAGUGGGGACACAUCUUCCGCAAUGUUAUAAGUUGCGCCAUCUCAAUUAGUUGAGUUUUGUUUCGCCUUCUCCAAGCAGUGGGCAUGGGGUGGUCUCCAUAUAAGCAUGCACAAAGGAGGGAUUCUUGUCAUGGCAUUUGAAGUAUGGGAAGCAGAGAGCAAAGAAUCAUGGGUAAUUGCAAUGGUCUUCAAGGCAGAAGGAAAAGAUCAAAAAUGCCGAAGGACCAGAGGCUAGAUUCCAGUUGCACUGAUAUCCCGACUCAUGAGGGGAUAAAGACGGUAGGGAUCCACAAGGUCUGCGAGUUCUCGACUGGUUCGGUUCUGUGCUUGUGCGUGGUGACUUGGAACAUGAAUGGGAAGGCUUCCUCUGAGGACUUCGCAGAGCUGGUUGGCAGGGACCGGAGGUUUGAUCUCUUAGCAGUUGGAUUGCAGGAAGUUCCCAGACGCAACGUUGCGAGGCUAUUGCAGGCUGCUCUUGAUGAAACCCACAGUCUCUUGGGAGAAGCCACCAUGCAAUCUCUACAGCUAUUUAUCUUCGGCCCAAAGAACUCAGAGCCCUCCACAAAAGAGAUGAGGAUAGAUAAGCAUGCAGUCCGAGGCUGCGGAGGCUUGAUAGGCAGGAAGAAGGGGGCUGUUGGCAUCUACAUUAACUUCAAUGGGAUCCGCUUGCUCUUCAUUUCUUGUCAUCUUUCAGCUCAUGCAGCUCAUGCACGCAAUGUGGAGGAGAGGAAUUCACAGUGCAGGCACAUCUCACACUCGCUCUUCUCAAAGGACCGGAAUCCAUAUGCAAGGCCUUCACAUUUAACCGUGUGGCUGGGAGAUCUCAACUACAGAAUACAUGGUUUGAGUACGCUGCCGGUAAGGAGCUUGAUACGCAAAAACCUUCUCAGUCUGCUUACUAGCAAAGAUCAGCUUCUACAAGAGGCAGAAAAAGGACAGGUAUUCGAUGGGUAUUGCGAGGGGACCUUAUCAUUCAAACCUACAUACAAAUAUAAUGCUGGGAGCAGCAACUAUGACACGAGCUAUAAGAUCAGAGUACCUUCAUGGACAGACAGAAUUUUGUUUAAGGUGGAUGGUUAUUCUGGAAUCGAUGCAGUAUUGCACUCCUACGAGUCAAUGGACCAGAUUGAAAGCUCUGACCAUAAACCAGUGAAGGCUCAUCUUUGUCUAAAAUUCAACCAUGUGUGAAUAUUCAAAAGAGUUUUGCCAAAAAGAAAAAAGAAACAAAAAAAAAAAUCAGGAGCCCGGACUGCAACCAGGAAUUCAAACGAACACGUCGUAUGGAAGAGCGGAAGAAUGGAACGACACACUCCUCAACCAGAGCUGAAUCACACUGAUUCUUUGUCUGUAUAUAAUUUAUUGUCACUAAUGGAGUUUAGAGGACAAAAGUGGUUUCAGUGACAUACUUGAAAUUGUUGAUUGAUGUUUGCCAUGUUAUCUCGCUAUGUAAUGUGUCUCUUCAUGUAAAUGAUUUGAAGGCACAUUCUCUCCGUAUUAUAUAAAGAACACAUUUGCUUGUUA